AUCAACAAUUGAAUCAGAUUUUGAAACAGUUGAAAAUUUUGGAGUCCAACUGCUCAUGCUCAAUUUCAGUUUCCUUCAAGUCAUUGUAUGUUCAUAUUCUUUCAAAAACGUUUGUUGUUUUGAGGGAAGGACUUAUUUUCGACAAUGUUCACGAAGUAGGCUUGAAAGAGCUCCAAGAAGACAUUACUAUCUCUUGUUGAAAGGAGACGCUCGUGGAACGGAAGACACAAAAGAGCACCCUGAAGAGGGAACCAGAGAAGUAUAUUUUGAAGAGAACUCUUCCUAUAAUAAUAAUAAUAGCAAAGAAACACGAAAAUCUUAUCUUGACUUUGUUGCUAAUUUUUGCGACGAAACGGAGAUUGGCGCUAUACUCGAAUCUCUUUUUGAAAGGAAGGAAUUUCAAGAGGCUUUUUCUGUUUUCAACUAUGUGCAUUCACACAAGUUAAACCUGCCAAUUCGUAUCAUAAAGUCAGCAGUUGAUGCUGCUAUAAAGGAAAGGAAUAUUACUCUCCUUUAUCAAAUUCUUGGUUGGCUUAAAAGAACAGGACUUGCUCGAAAAUUCGGAUCACGUACUGUCAUAAUACCCAAGUUCACAAGAACUCAAUCUGAGUACUCCUCUUUGAGUAAGAUUAGUUUAAAGAAUGUUAAUAUGAUUGUACCACAGAAUUUUUCGUCGAUGAAAAGUGGAAGGUCUGCUUUUCCGUCAGGACCAGUUAUGAGCGAUACUUUAUUUGGUUUAUGCUUCUUAGGAUUUUUAGGGGUUGGACUUUCCAUGGAACUUAUUAAUCCUUUAAUACUCCAUCAUGAAGACUGGGAACCGACUGUUUUUCUUCUUUUGAUUUUCUUUGGAUUAGCAGCAGAUCGUUAUAUGGGAAGUGGAAAAGUAUAUCGUUCAGUUGAACGUGGCUUACGACGAAUAUUUACUGAUGAUGCUGUUCGUACAAGUCGAUGUGAAGCAGCGUUUUUAUUAAGUGGAUAUUUGUUGGGUAUUCCCUAUUUAUUUUUUCAACCAAAUGGAGAAGCUUUGAUUCGUCAUCAUCGAACGUUGCUAGAGCUCGUUGUUAACACAGAAAACGAUUCUUUAGAAAGCAUGACGUCACUGAGUGUCAGAGAAAGUGAACUUCUAUAUAAAUACUUAGUAUGGAUGUGUUCAGGUUUGGCAGCAGAAUCAGCAAUUGAUGGACUGUUUUUUGAAAUAAAUCCCGACAAAAUAUGGCGUUUUGUAGACAAAUUAGAUGAGUCAAUGUGGACACAAUUCGGCUGCAGAAAAGAAGACUGGAAGGAUUGUAAAAGAUUCCUGUUAGAACGUGCGUACAGCGAUGCCGAGCAGAUUCUCAAUGCUUUUUGUAAAGAGCAUUUGUUUUUGGCUGACAAAAUGCUUUCCGGUGCUUCUGCUGGAGAGUGUAUUGUUUCUUUGGAACGUGUGUUAUAAGCGAUAAAUAAAUGAAAGCCAUUUGAU